UAUGAACUAUCAUGAACAUAACCUAUGUGCAUUAUUCGGAUUGUCCGUUAUCGCGUUGUUCAUUGAUAAAUUGAUGUUAGUGAAAACGAGAUGAUAGUGGAAUUACCAGAAGCUACUUCCUACUUCUGGAAACAAAGUAGAAGGACAACGUACGGCAGCUGGCCCUUCAACGAAUCCAACAAAUGCAAUGCCGAACGCAUGGCCGCCGCUGGAUUUUAUGUUGUUGGGGACAGCAAUGAGCCGGACUUAGUUGAAUGUUUCAUUUGUAGCAAGCAACUCGAUGGUUGGGAACCAGACGAUGAUCCGUGGAGUGAACAUGAGAAACAUCAGUCAAGCUGUCCAUUUGUUAAAUUAAAUAAGCAAGAAGAAAAAGAAUGGACAGUGGAUGAAUUAUAUGAUUUAUAUAAAAAGUACAAGACAAAAGAAUAUAUGGAUCAAGUAAAAAAGAAUAUCAACACAAUGAAAGAUAUAACGGCGCAGUUGAUGAGCGAACUCUCUAAAUAGAAUAUCAAGGAACAAAGGGAAUACCGAUUGAAUAUUAUUAUGGAUUUUGAACGAUGGAAUAUCUAUCUUAGUUUAAGAACUUCUGAAUGUCUAAAUAUAUUUUGUACUGGUUAAGAAAUACUACAUGUGGUAUACACACAAUCAAGUUUCUUAUUUCAGACUCGGCU